UCCAAUGGGUCUGUGAAGAAAUAUUGACAAAUACGUAAAUGAAGUAGCCGACCAGUGAAUCUAUCAUGAUAGCAACGGGAGGAAGUCUUCUUCACAUUUCAGCCGGCAGCUCGAGCAAUUAUAAUACCAGGAAGAGUCGAAACAAAUGCAAGAAUGAUGUUGUGAUGGUGAAAGCCAAAUUGAAGCUAUGUUCCUUUUCAGGGUUGGUUUCCUCCUUUGGAAUUCUGGUACUGUUGUUAGGGAUUACAAUGGUAAUAAUGGGCUAUUGGCCUACAUCCAAUGAGAUUUUUGAAGCACCAAAUAACACCACCACCAACAUUUCUCACAAUGAAACUUCAAUUCUACAGAUUAUUUCUGAUGUUUUAGCAAGCUACUUGCAUUCCGACAAAUUAAAGGUUUUGGGACCGCUUAUGAUGGGGAUUGGGUUAUUUCUCUUUAUCUGUGCCAAUGCUGUCCUUCAUGAAGCCAGAGACAAGAAAUCCAAGAUUAUUAAUCUGCACGACAUCUACUCCACAGUGAUAGAUACACACAAUUUAACAAAGAAGGAAUACGGCCCUUCGAAUGGGUUUAUGAGCUAUAUGCGAUCUAAGAGUGAGAUUGACCUCAAGGCUCCCGAUUCUUACGGCACAACAAUGUCAGCUAAAAAGUCUUGGCAGCCAACUACUGAUGGCAACAUGAAUCACAUUGAUCCAGUGGAAAAACUGGGAAGAACCAAAACAUAUUUUUCAAACCAGCAGACACUUGACCAGAAGGACAAGCUGUUAAGAGAGUCCAAGUUUAACAUUUCCAGAAAUGGAACUACCGUUAAUGAAAGAGAGAAAAUUCCUAAAAUAUGGGACACCAAAUUCAAUACUACUUCCAUUAAUGAACCAGUUAUAAAAAUGGACCACUGUAUCCUUGAUGAUGAUAAUAUCAGACACAGCACAUAUAAUGAAGAAACACAAAUGUUGAGGUAUUAUGAAGAAACAAUACAGGAUUUGGACCAUAAUAUCUACGAUCAUAAAAGUAUGUUUGGAUGCAUUCUAGAGAAUGAUGUCCCUGUUGAUCACUUUGUGAAUAAUAGGUACAUUGAAACAGUGACUCCAAAUGUUUCAUGGUUAAACGAUGAACAAAUGGUAACCUGUAAAAGUUCCCAAAGACUUUCUCAGCACAAGUAUCAUGAAGAGGCUAUUGCUAAUAUUCCAUUGGACUCUAGCAUGUCUCUCCAUAUUCUAUUAGCUCACUCUAAAUCUCUAAUUAACCUUGGUGGCUACUCUUCCUACACGGAGAUGCACAAUGAGAGAAGACUUCCAUAUUUUUCAUGUUCAGAUCAAACCAACAGUAAAAAAUUACGAGCCUAA